AAAAACGAAUAUAGCCAUCAUUUUGUGAGAGAGAAAAGGCCAUGGAAAGAUAGAUAAUAACUCCCUGCUUAUAUUGAAAUAUACAGAGGAGAGAGAGAAAUGGGAGAUUCAAGCGGUUCUGUCUCCAUUGAUAUGGAGGCAUUGUCUCUUGGAGUACAGGAACACCUUGUGGAGACUACCUAUGGCCCCGUAUGUGUUGCCGUUUGUGGAGAUCCAGAUAAACCUGCUCUUAUCACAUAUCCUGAUCUAGCUCUUAACUAUAUGUUCUGUUUUCAAGGAUUAUUGUUUUGUCCAGAAGCUAGUUCCUUGCUACUCCACAACUUCUGCAUAUAUCACAUAAGCCCUCUAGGCCAUGAGUUGGGAGCUCCAGUGAUCAGUGUUGAUGCUCCUUUGCUCUCCGCUGAUGACUUAGCAGACCAGAUUGUUGAGGUUCUUAACUAUUUUGGACUUGGUGCAGUCAUGUGUAUGGGUGUCACAGCAGGAGCUUACAUUCUGACUUUAUUUGCUAUGAAGUACAGGCAGAGAGUUCUGGGAUUAAUACUCGUCUCUCCACUGUGCCAAGCGCCUUCUUGGUCAGAAUGGUUGUGCAAUAAGGUUAUGUCUAAUUUACUUUACUACUAUGGCAUGUGUGGAGUGGUUAAGGAAUUGUUACUAAAACGGUUCUUCAGCAAGGAAGUUCGUGGUAAUGCUCAAGUUCCAGAAUCAGAUAUUGUUCAAGAAUGCAGAAGAUUACUUUGCGAGCGGCAGAGUACAAAUGUAUGGAGAUUCCUUGAGGCAAUCAACGGGAGAGUGGAUCUUAGCGAAGGGUUGAGGAAAUUGCAAUGCAGAACUUUGAUAUUCAUCGGUGAAAGUUCUGCUUACCACUCAGAGGCCGUUCACAUGACCACCAAACUAGACAGACGAUACGGUGCGUUAGUCGAGGUACAAGGAACUGGGUCGUUGGUGACUGAAGAGCAGCCACAGGCGAUGGUAAUACCAAUGGAAUACUUUUUGAUGGGAUAUGGCUUGUAUCGUCCUGCGUAUAGUGUAAGCCCAAGAAGUCCUUUGAGCCCAACUAGAAUCUCCCCCGAGCUGCUCUCCCCUGAAAACAUGGGGUUGAAGCUCAAACCGAUUAAGACAAGACUCUCCUUAUGACGCUUCCUUCUUGUGCUACGGAAAAUAUUACAGCAUUAUACCUGAUGAUACACUACGUCUACGUGAAUCGCCAUUAUUGUUUUUGGAGUUUGAGCUACUCUUGUGUUAUGAUUAAAGCUGUAGAUAUAGAUAGAGACAUUGAUCAUUUAUAUAUAUAUAUAUAUAUAGAGAGAGAGGGGGAGAGAGAGAAGAAGAAGAGUUAAAAGAGGAAUAAGGGAAGGGAUUGACAUAUAGUAGAGAGAAUACAGAUGUUUUAUGUUUGUCUUCAGUGAGUGAGAAGCUGUUCUUGUUCUGUCUGUAUAUUCGGUUGAAUUAUUAUUUAAGGAAAAUUUCUCAUAA